CAGCUGGUCCUUUGGAGCUGCGGGAGUCUCAGUUUAUAUAGUGGAACUGUUCAGGUCAGGCAGCGUGUGUGCUGAGAAAAAGCAGUCAGCAGGUCAAUGACCUUUCACCAGAACUGAGAAAGGGUCAAAAUCGAAUAGACCGAGAGCAAGUGGAGGGGAAGAAUAAAUUGAGCGGUGUGUGAUAGGGUAGAGGACAGCAGAGAGGAAUUACAAACAUUUCCUGGUUUGAAAACCAGGUAAUGAAUGAUAUAAAGGAGCAAUGUCGUCCCAGCUUUCAGGAGCUGCAUUGAUCUAACCCCGAGAUACUGAGCUCGAAACAUUAACUCUGUUCCUCUCCGCAGAUGCUGCCAGACCUGCUGAGUUUUUUUUAUUUUUAAUUUUGUUUUGGAUUUCCAGCUUCCGCAGUAAAAAAAAACUUUUUAUACAGAGCAGCAUAAUCGUCAUGGGCGUGGAUUUUCUUAAUAUUUCUAAGGAUUGAUCGCAAGAGGCAGUGAAGUGCAAUCGGCAGCUUCCUCUCUCUGGCUUCACGCUUUGCAUGGAGGAGACGGAGAGGCGUGGUCAGAAGAUCAAGGAGCCACUUGGAUCAUGUCCGCCACCAACUUCUGCACGUUUAUCCAAGCCGCUCUGCUUUUGGGACUUGAUGCUGUCGCAGUUUCGGCUUCAGUCAAGGCAGGUCGUAUAACCAGCAGCUGAUCAAAAUUUCAUGAAUUGGCCAAAGUUCAAACUGCACCCUCUGAAGCAAACAUGAACCUACAGCUUUCUGACUCCAAGCUCAAUCAGAAACCCAGAAUCCGAGCAAGUCGGUUGUUGGAGCCGUUGGGUCUUCCGUUUUGUUGCCUGGAUUCAGUGAUGAAGAUUAUAAAAAUGUUGAUCAUGUCAGGUGGGCAAUGUCAGGAAGGCAAAUUCUCAACUACUACACUGUGACACAAAUACCCACCUUCACUGACUUGUAUAGGAAUCGAUGCACCUUCUACUCUGUCAAUGGAUCACUGCUGUUGAAAAAUAUAACACUGAAGGACAAUGGACUAUACAUGGCGCAAGUUAAUUUAAAUGCUAACAGGAGCAAAUUGAUCAAAUUAAACAUCUUCGAACCACUGUCAGAACCUUUGAUCUUCAGUAAUUCCAGCUUCGUCGAUACCAGCAUUGCAUUUGUCUGUCAAGUAUCGGCGGGGAAAACGAGUUCCAUUCUGUGGUGGAAAGAUGACAAUGUGAUAACCAAUGGCCAACGUUAUCAGUUGGCAGAAGACAACAGGACAAUGGUUAUUUAUAAUGCCAUAAAGUCAGAUUGUGGGGUAUACACUUGCACUGCGGAGAAUGCUGUUAGCAAGAAGAACGUUUCACAUUCGCUCGCUAUUUAUGGUCUUCCACCUCUGAUUCAUCGCACAAUGGUAUUGUCCAUUGUUGCACUGAUUUUUGCGACUGCGAUCAUCUUUGGCAUAAUACUUUUAUGUUUACACAAAGACAGGAAAAAUAUAAGUAUUGAUUUUCAUGGAAACGCACUACUAUCCUUACAGUUUGCCGCAAUGAUUUCGCUUGUCAUCCUUUUUGCUGCCGUUAUGUUUUGGCUACUAUCUGAAGGAAUUUCUGUAAUUACAGUGAUUACAUUGGUGAUUUUGUGCUUACUGCUAAUAUUCAACGUAUUAUCAACAUGCAGUAUGAAUGACUGGGUCAUGAAAAGGUUCAAAGAUAUCUUGAAUUCUACAUUUUGUCGUGUCAUGCUAGAUGUAGUAACACCAAUGAGUGGAAUCAUUGUGAUGUUAGCAUCAAUUGUUCUGCUCGUGGAAACCAUGAGCCAUGCUGAUAAAGGAUGUGAAGCAUCACCUGGUCUACAUUUAAGCAUCUCGUUUGCUGUGGGAAUACCAAUCGUUGUUUCUUUAUCAGUCUUUGUCAUUUAUGUCCAAAAAUACAGAAAACAGAGGCAAAAUCAAGAAGCCACACCUGCGAAUCCAUGUGAAGAAGCUCAAGGCCACUCUGAGACAUCUGAGGCAAUGCCACUGCAAGCAACAGCAUCUGAAGGAGACGGGGUAAAUCCGAGAAAUGCUGUUAAUGGGGAGGAAUCAUGUCAAAACUAGCAGCACUAUCAGCAGCAAGGAAGCAUCCCAAAUCCAGGAAUGCCAUCCCCGGAAAGAAACAGUCAGAAAGGAAGCAUUCCAAGAUCUAGGACCACUAAUGCCAGGAUGGAAGCAUCCCAAAUCAAGGAGCACUAUUGCCGGAAAGGAACCAUCCCAAAUCUAGGAACAUUAAUCUUGGGAAGGAGCCAUGCUGUUGCCCCCUCUGUGCUGUUUCCACCUCAUUUUAUACCAAGCUCAGCCUCCAUUCACUGACAACUUUAUUUACUCCUGCUUUGCACUUUCAACUUCUGCUGUUUCCAAAAUAUUUCAACUGUCGUGUGUGCAGAUGUUAAGCAGGACACUUCCUCCACUGGUCUUGGUGCUGUCAUAUUGGGCCACACCUCUAGCCAAUGGAUCCUCUCCAGCUGAACUCCUCGUAUGCUGCCAUUUUAAAUGAAAGCAGGCUCCCCCUUUCACCUGCGAGCCGAUGCCAGUCGCGGAGUGAGAGUUUUGAUGCCAGGCCAGCGAGUGUGGAUCCAGGACCAAAAAGCCAAAUGCCUCUUUCUCACUGGCACUCAGCACCCAUGUACAUAUUUGGUCUGGCCGCUAUUUGGUGUUAUCCGAAGAAACUGAUGAGCUCUCAUCAGGCUCACACCCACCAGGCCGCAGGGUUUUGACUACGACUAGGUGUGGACCACAGACCCUCAAGAUUCGCCAAACCCCACUCCCAGACCUCUGACUCCAUGGUGCAGUCACACUUGGGAAGAAAAGUGAAGGCUCCCCCGAGACUCUGUCUAUAUGGGCGUUUGGGUGGGGGGAGGGGGUUAGUGAUGUAAAUAGCUCAAAAACAAACCUCAUGUAAAUAGUCAAAUAUAUAGUUUUAUAUUGUUGUUAGGAAGCAUACUUGGGGGGAGGCAUAGUAUAAAUGGUUAACAGAAUGGAUAUGCCAAUCUACGAGGUACAUGCUGAUGUAGCCCUGACAUUAGGCAGUCAUGUACUGGGUGCUGUAGGCAGUGGACAGGUAACUCUGAUGGGACAUGUGCCUUCCCUGUAACACAGGCACAUACUGUCAGUACUGUAAAGAAACUAGUUUUUAAGUAAGAAGGCCCACAGCUCUUCCUUAUAAGGUUCCUAGUUUAGCACAUUCCACAACAUUAAGUGCAACAGCUCUCUCAAAGGCAAAUCUGCCAGGCACGGGUCAAGCAGAUAUAAAAACAAAAAAACUGCGGAUGCUGGAAAUCCAAACAAAAACAGAAUUACCUGGAAAAACUCAGCAGGUCUGGCAGCAUCGGCAAGCAGAGGUCACUUAGCUGGCCUGGGCACUUUUUCCAGAUGGGAAAAAAAAUGAAGGGACACUUUGGCAUGGGGUAUGGUACAAGCAGGCAGGGAGGGAGCGCUGACGAACUUGUGGGGGUGGAGGGCUGCUGCUGGUGAACCUCAGAUCCGGCAGCCGGGAGCGCAACCAUGUAGAUGCGCAAUGCGCAUGUGCAAAAUUUAAAGACCUGAAUUACUUGGAAUACAGCGUCUCAGCAACAUAAACCUGGGACACGGGACAAUUGCUUCAAUUACCGGAUGAUACUGUAAAAUCUGGGGAGGUUGGCGAACCUGCACCAAAAGCUCCACUUCAAGGAUGCUUGCAAGUGUGGAAUGAAAGCCUGAAACAUCGAUUCUUGCUCCUGGGAGACACUAGCUGACCACAGAGGAAGUUACGAUGUGAGACGAUCAGUGGUUAUAGUGGCUUGGCAACAUUGAAAAAAAAAGAACCGGCAGUGACGCCUGAUAACCAUUUCAGAGCCACUUGUGGUAGGACCUGUCUCUCAUGGAUUUGUCCCUUCAGCCAACAAAAAAAGUGAAUCAAAGGAAGGCUUCCCACCCCCAACGGAUUUACAUCAACAACCUACGGAGAUGGAAGGAGGCUGCGGAUGACCUUUAAGUGUGCACAUCCUGCCCCAUUUGAACGGCUGACCAGAUGUAUUCCACAUGCACCCUCCCCCCGCCCCCCAUUUGGCUGACUCUUGGCACAGGACUGCUUUGAGCAGACAGCUUAUCUAAUAAAUAUUCAUUACAACAGGCAGUCAGACCAAUGUUGAACAAAUAUCCAACAAAGUUCAAUUUAGUCUUAAUCAAAUGGAGCACCUAAUGCUUCAGAUUGGAUUUUAGUGUUAAUAAGGCAACCUGAAAAUCCAGAAUCAGGAUUGCAGUGUCUAUAGGCAUAAACCUAUUUUAAAAAAAUUAAAGAGCAAUGUGGUAGAAGUUCCCCUGUGUCCCCUCCAGCUGUAAAGUGUUGAGAAACCCUAGCCUGCAUUGUUUUGGCUCAGGUUCAGCAAGACUUUAACUUCAAUAUCAAAUACAUUAAAAUAAAGCCCAGUGGAGCACUGUUUAACAAGACUUGUGCAUUCAUUAAAUACAUUUGUGCA